UCCAUCUCCAGAUAUGGACGGAAACUACGGAGGGGGACUUCUGGAUAUGGUUAAAGGAGGUGCUGGAAAGUUCUUCAGCAACAUCAAGGACAACCUGAAAGACACCAUCAAAGACACCUCUACCAAGGUUAUGAACCAAGUGGCCACGUAUACAAAAGGAGAGUUGGACAUUGCCUACAUCACCUCACGUAUUAUCGUGAUGUCAUAUCCUGCUGAGGUGGUGGAGAUGGGCUACAGGAACCACACAGAGGAUAUCCGUUCCUUUCUGGACUCACGGCAUGCCGACCACUACACUGUUUUUAACCUGUCACAGAGGAACUAUCGGGGGGCCAAGUUCUCCAACAGAGUUUCUGAAUGCAAUUGGCCUUCCAGGCAGGCCCCAAGUCUUCACAAUCUAUUUGCCGUGUGUAAGAAUAUGUACAACUGGCUCAAGCAAAACCCCAAGAAUGUGUGUGUGAUCACCUGUUCGGAUGGCAGAGCUCUUUCAGGCGUGCUGGUCUGUGCCAUGUUCUGUUUUUGCCACCUUUUCGCCAACCCGGUGCCAGCCAUGCAGCUUCUCAGCGCCAAGAGGUCUGGAUCUGGCCUGUGGCCCUCCCAUAGAAGGUACAUAGGUUAUGUAUGCAGUUUAGUCUCAGAGAAGCCAACCAUACCACACUCCAAACCGCUAGUCAUUAAAUCCGUCACAAUGAGUCCUGUUCCUUGCUUCAACAAACAGCGCAGUGGCUGUCGGCCAUUUUGUGACGUACUUAUUGGCGAGACCAAGAUAUUUUCUACAGCUCAGGAGUACGAGAGAAUGAGGGAACACAGAGUUCAAGAGGGCAAAGUGGUCUUUCCUGUGGGAGUGAGUGCCCAAGGAGACGUGGUGGUUUCAGUCUAUCACAUGCGUUCCCAUGCACUUCAGGCCAAGGUAACAAACACCCAGAUAUUCCAGAUUCAGUUCCAUACUGGUUUCAUCGCCCCUGGCACCACUGUCUUAAAGUUUCUGAAGACGGAGUUGGAUGCAUGUGAUUCUCCAGAAAAAUACCCUCAGCUAUUUAAUGUGUUGUUAGACAUUGAGGUUGAAAGUACAGAGAAACAGAAAGAUCUCACCCCACCGUGGGAGCAGCUCCCUACCAAAGACCUGAGCCCCAAUGUGCUUUUCUCCUGUCAUCAGGAACACCAGGAUGCACUUGCUAUUGCAGAUGAAAUGGAGGGCUUGGACUUGGAAGAUCCUGCACAGGGCCAAGGGAGUUGCGGAGGCAGAGUGGGCCCAAAUGAGGAGAGCGAACCGUCAGAUGAUGAAAUGCUCUCCCUUUCUAGUCAGCAGAGUAACACGAGCAAUGAGAAAUCAAAAGCAGCUAAGAAACCAGAGCCCCAGCCUGCAGCGGCCCCUCCUCCAGCAGCUGAGGAAGUAGAUCUGCUGGGACUGGAUGGUGAUGCAGCUACGCUUCCUCCAUCCUCCCCACAACCUCCGACCACCAGCACCACCACAGACCUGCUGGGGGACCUGUUUGGAGCUCCUCCCACACCACAGCCAGCCAGCGGCCCCACUUCCGCUCAGUCCACCCCGCGGAGAUCCGCAGCCUCCUCCUCACCCUGUCCAUCACCUCGAUCUGGAGACACUUUCGACCCGUUUGGGUCUGGGCCCGCUCCCACCCCUAAGCCGCAGGACUUCAUGGGGGCUUUCCUGGGUCCAGGUAAUAUGGGGCAGCCAGACCCCUUCCUGCAUGCUGCACGAUCUCCGUCUCCUACAGUGCAGAACAUGGGCAUGGGUCGCAGUUCACCUGUGCCGCCCACUACUCCCACUGUCAACAUCCAGCUACAGGGCUCUACAGGACCCUGGGAAUGGAACAAACCAGCACCUGCAGCCAUACCAGGUGGAGGUUUUGGGAUGGGAAGUAAGUCUGCCAGCACUAGCCCAACCAGCUCAGUUCAUGGUACUCCCACCCACCAGGCCAAACCCAACAAUUUGGACCCUUUUGCUGAUCUGGGUAACCUAGGAGCUGGUCUGGGAGGAGGUGGUUCAGGAUUCUCUAGCAAGCCAACCACACCUACUGGUGCUGGAGGAGCAUUUCCGCCCAUGGGCUCCCCUCAGCGUCCUGCCCCCUCUCCCCAGCACACUGCCUCUGGAGGCUGGCAUCCCAGCACAGGCUUCCCCUCAUGGCAGCCUGGAGGUGGGGCUCAGUGGCAGACGCAGACCCAGGGUGCACAGCACCAGACCCCACCUAAAGCACCAGGACCCUCUAUGCCUCACUCUUCACCACAGAACAGACCCAACUACAACGUCAGCUUCUCCAGCAUGGGUGGAGCUUCGCCAGGAGCCACUGGGGCAAAAGUACUGCCUAAUAUGGGAACCAGACCAAAGGUUUCGGACGCUAACUUUGAUGACCUACUCUCAGGCCAGGGCUUUGCUGGCACUAAGGAGAAGAAAGGGCCAAAAACCAUAGCAGAAAUGAGAAAAGAGGAGAUGGCAAAAGAAAUGGACCCAGAGAAAAUCAAGAUCCUGGACUGGAUUGAGGGGAAGGAGAGGAACAUCAGAGCGUUGCUGUCCACCAUGCACACGGUGCUUUGGGAAGGAGAGACGCGCUGGAAACCUGUAGGCAUGGCUGACCUUGUCACACCAGAGCAAGUGAAGAAGGUCUACCGCAAAGCUGUGCUGGUAGUGCACCCUGACAAGGCUACAGGACAGCCCUACGAACAAUAUGCCAAGAUGAUUUUUAUGGAACUAAAUGAUGCCUGGUCAGAAUUUGAAAGCCAAGGACAGAAAGCACUGUACUAAGACUUACUGUAUAUGAUCACAACCAGUCAGCAGUUCC